AUGAUGAGGGGUCUUAUUGGUUUGUCGUUUGUCUUUUGCGUUUCUUUUUUAUGCGCAUUCGCUCGCCAUGCUGCUGCUGAGGGCUCAGGCGGCUCAGCCUUGCCUGAGCUCCCCGGAACGGACCCCGACGCCGAUGCAGAGUUUCGUGGGCGGUAUCAAACAGGCACUUCUUCUUGGAAGCCCGGAUACCUUUUGGAAUUGCGUGGCUUGCGGGAGCAUUGGCGUGAUAGAGCUCAUGUGCAUUUCUAUGGACGCACCUGCGGGCACAACCACCCGCGUCGGCGACAGGUAGUCAUGCGUUUGGGGGCCCUUGACUUGAACAGUGUGUUAGCAACGGACAGUUCCCAGCUUUCCUUUCUGCUGUACACACGCUGGCUCAUUGAGGCAUACUGGCGGCGUAUAGUGCCCCACUACUUCCUGGAGCCUGCUCCUAUCUUUGUGGUUGAUUUUGAUGGCUUGGGGUGGCGUGCAGCCAUUUCAAACAUGAUGCGGAUUCAAAGUAUUAUUAAGAAAGUAAAUUCUGCUUUCCACAGCAUCACAGGAAAAGGAUGGGCCCGCGCUUUCAUUUUAAAUCCCCCAUCUUGCUUCAGCACUAUUUGGAAUACAGUUGUAUCUGUCGUCAGCUUCCGCGCCCGUGGCGUCGUCAUAGUAAAAGACGCAGAAACGACAAGGGAGCUGAUCAAGACUGUGGGGGCAGAUUGCCUCUGGAAAGGAUUCGGGGGACGAUCCCAACUCGCGAUGGGAUCGGGAGUGGUAGAGGAAGCCUUAGAUGCUUUCGGUCGUGCUUCUGAUGAUGCUGUUUUAGACCCCGACGCUUUCCGUCUACCGAGAGAGGCAGAGGACUUUCCUUCACUUGAGGACUUGGAGCAGCUGAUACAGAAGGAAGCAGCAGCAGCAGCAGCAGCAGCAGCAGCAGCAGCAGCAGCCAGUGCUUUGACAAACCCAGAGGCAGCAACAGCUGCUGCGGCAGCACUAGAGGCGGCAAUGGCUGUGGCAGCAGAUACCGCACCACCAGAGGCAGCAGCAGCUGCUGUUGCUGAUUUUGCUGCAGCAGCAGCAGCAGCAGCAGCAGCAGCACUCGAGUCACCGGGGAAACCAUCUGCCGAUGGAGAAGCAGAAGACAGCGGCGACGAGAGAUCGACUACAGCGGGUUCAGAUGACGAGAACGACCAGUAA